AUGACAACAAUUAUAUACAAUUCGUCGGGUUCAGAUGAAAUUUUAUUAAGAUUUUCCGAAGGAGAUCAUGCGACUCCCUUAAUAAUUAUCGGAGGAACUGCAAGUGGAUCAAUAUUAAUUCAAUUAUUGUUAACAUUUAUAUUAAAGCAAAUUGCAUUGAAGACAGGGUGGACAUUUGAUAAUGAAGUAGUCAAAAACUGUUCGUUACCAACAUUAUUUUUGUUUCCGAUAGGAUCAAUUGUAAUAACCUUGUCAUUUAUAUCAAUAUCUGUAGAUCCAACAAUAAUGGAACCGAUUAGGCAUGCAUUAGAUAUAUUAUUAAUCAUAUUUACAACAUGGUCAACGAUAGGAUUUGUUAAAGCUGCCUCGAUAUCCAUAUCAAAAAAUAAUGAUUUCAUUAAAUCAUCAAAUAGUGCACAAUCACGUAAAUUACAUACACAAUUGAUAGUUACGACAAGAUUGAUUUAUGGUUUAAUAUUAUGUAUAGGAUCCGCUGCGAUCCUUUUAACGUUUCCUAGAGCAUGGGAAAUUGGUGCAAGUAUAUUGGCAAGUGCGAGCGUGGCUGCAUUAUUUAUUGGCUUGGCCGCUAAACCUUCAAUGGAAAAUUUAAUAGCUUCUUUGCAAAUUGCUUUAACACAACCUCUCUUGCUUGAUGAUUACGUUAUGAUCGAUGGGCAAGAGGGGAUCGUAGAAGAAAUUCAAGCUCAAUAUAUUGUAGUUAAAACCGGUGACGAACGACGUAUUAUUGUUCCCUUAUCUCGAGUUAUUAAUGAUACAUUUGAAAAUUGGUCAAAAACUAAUGAAAAUAUUGGAAUGAACUUUGAAUUCUUCGUUGAUUAUGGUGUACCUUUGGAAGAUUUAAAACAAUAUUAUAAUUAUAUUUUGCAAAAAUCGGAAUGUUGGGAUCAUCGUGACGGUGGUUUAACUAUUAAAGAAUGUAGAGAGAAUUGUAUGAUGUUAAAAGCUUACAUGACUGCUUCUAAUAUUAAGUCUGCUUCUAAAUUAAAAGGGGAACUUCGUGAAAAAAUGAUGGAAUAUCUUAUAACAACACAUCCCGAAUAUCUACCACGUUCACGUUUUCAACAGUUAGAAAAGCGUAAUGGUAUUGAUAGUAUGAAGAGAAAAGUUACUAAAAUGGAAGAUGCAAAUUUAGAUGAUAUAAUAACUGAAAAGAAACGUUUCAUUAUACAAGAAAAGGAAUGA